AUGGAUUCAUAUCAAUCUGCACACGCUUCUGGACCAACCGGGAAUGGUCACCCAUCCCGUUCUGAGUUCCUGGCUCGUAUCGCUUCAGCAUCUCGUCAGGAUCACCAGCCUAGUACGCCCCGUAUCCCACGCAUGGCUCGUAUCAAUUGGAGAGCCCAUAGGGCCCAUUUGGCCCGCGAGACCCGCGAGACCCGCGUGGUGCAUUCAUCUACGACCUCACUUGGACCUUGCUCCUCGUCACGCACACAACUCCACCAGCGAAGAGCGUUGCUUGCCCAUCUGUCACGUCUCCGACGAAGAGGCAUACUUUGCUGCCGGUGUUCGAGAACGACGCGACGCCUCUUCAGACGAGAAAUCAUGUCUUCGUCUACCCGUGCUCCUGCUUCCACCUCGGACUCGGAGUCUAGUCUUACCUCUGUUCCAGAUUCUGUUCUUUCUUCCGGUCCCAACUCUGUCUCUGGCACUCCUUCUGCCUCGAUCUCUGCGUCUGGCUCUGAUGCCCCGGUCUCGCAAAUUGUUUCACCAGAGAUUGCCCCACGGGAGACUUCUGAAGAUUCUAUGAGCAUCUCAUCAGGUAAGUUGAUCGUGUUGCUCACUCACAUAUCAAUCCUGCCAAGCUUCCCUCAGCUAACCGGUAGAAUUCAACAGAGCAAUCACCCCAAGCUCGCUGCCGAGACAGCCCAAGUGAGAGACAAGAACCAGCGCAGUCGUCUCCCAGACAGAUGA